GUAACAGGGCAGCAGAUUUGUUGCCUCUCUCCUUCCAAUACACAGCUGCACUUCCCUCGCCUCCCCCCAAGCAGAGCACGUGUCUCCAUAGUACUACGGAGGAGGACCGGGAGGGGGAGGAGGGGGUGCAGGAGGAGGAUCGCUCAGGGAAGAGAGAGCCCUUGCAAAGUUGGGCACUGCAGUCUCCCCUUGCCACUGGGGACAGGCAGGGCCUGGCUGCUCCGGCCUUACAGGGGUCCUUCUGGACGAGUUGCUAAUCUGUCACCUGCUUCUGAGCGCUGUUUAACCUGGCGGGACCCUCAGACCUGGAGGUAAUCAGAGGCCGCUGACGCCGACCUGUGUGGGAUUCCCCUGCCCUUCUGGUCCAAGUCCCCCUACUCUGUCUCGUGGCAGCCUGUGCCCCGGCCUCUCCUAGACCCGCGUGCGGAGGAACCAGCCAUCUCUCCAUCUGCAGCCAUGAACUUCCUCCGGCGACGCCUCUCCGACAGCAGCUUCGUGGCCAACCUGCCCAAUGGCUACAUGGCGGACCUGCACCGCCCAGACAGCUCCACCAGCUCGCCCUCGUCCCCGGCCAUGGAGCGCAGGCACCAACAGCCCCUGGCGGCCUCCUUCUCCUCGCCCGGGUCCAGCCUCUUCAGCUCCUUCUCCAGUGCCAUGAAGCAGACCUCGCAGGCCCCCGCGGGGCCGGUGGAGCCUCCGGCUCCCUCCACUCCUGUUGUUCAAAGGCCCAGGGUCCUGUUGGUGAUCGACGAUGCCCACACAGACUGGGCCAAGUAUUUCCAAGGAAAGAAGGUGAAUGGAGAGAUUGAGAUCCGAGUGGAGCAGGCUGAAUUCUCAGAGUUGAACCUCGCUGCCUAUGUUACUGGGGGCUGCAUGGUGGACAUGCAGGUCGUGAGAAAUGGUACCAAGGUGGUGAGGUCCUUCAAGCCAGACUUCAUCCUGGUCCGCCAGCACGCCUACAGCAUGGCCCUGGGCGAAGACUACCGCAGCCUGGUCAUCGGCCUGCAGUACGGAGGGCUGCCCGCCGUCAACUCCCUCUACUCCGUCUACAACUUCUGCAGCAAGCCCUGGGUGUUUUCUCAGCUCAUUAAGAUCUUCCACUCCCUGGGUCCUGAGAAGUUCCCGCUUGUGGAGCAGACGUUUUUCCCCAACCAUAAGCCAAUGCUCACAGCCCCUCACUUCCCCGUGGUGGUCAAGCUGGGACAUGCCCACGCUGGAAUGGGAAAGAUCAAAGUGGAAAACCAGCAUGACUACCAGGACAUCACCAGCAUGGUGGCGAUGGCCAGAACCUACGCCACCACCGAGGCCUUCAUCGACUCCAAGUACGACAUUCGCAUCCAGAAAAUCGGAUCCAACUACAAGGCUUACAUGAGAACCUCCAUCUCUGGCAACUGGAAGGCCAACACAGGCUCUGCCAUGCUGGAGCAGGUGGCCAUGACAGAGAGGUACAGGCUGUGGGUGGAUAGCUGCUCGGAAAUGUUUGGCGGCCUGGACAUCUGCGCGGUCAAGGCCGUCCACAGCAAGGAUGGCAGAGACUACAUCAUCGAGGUGAUGGACAGCUCAAUGCCUCUGAUUGGAGAGCAUGUGGAAGAGGACAAGCAGCUGAUGGCCGACCUUGUUGUCUCCAAAAUGAGCCAAUUGCUGAUGCCAGGGGCCACAGUGCCCUCACCCCUGAGGCCUUGGGCUCCACAGACUAAACCAGCAAAAUCCCCUGGGACAGCCCAGCUGGGGCCUCCGCUGGGACAGCCCCAGCCACGCCCACCCACACAAGGGGGCCCUCGCCAAGCUCAGUCUCCUCAGCCCUCGAGAUCUGGAAGCCCCUCCCAGCAGAGGCUCUCCCCACAAGGCCAGCAGCCCCUGAGCCCCCAGUCGGGAUCCCCACAGCAGCAGAGAUCACCAGGUUCUCCACAGCUGCCCCGGGCAUCCAGCGGCAGCUCUCCAAACCAGACCUCCAAGCCGGGUGCCACCCUCCCCUCACAGCCCCGGCCCCCUGUGCAAGGGCGCAGCACCUCCCAACAGGGCGAAGAGUCCAAGAAGCCAGCACCACCCCACCCCCAUCUCAACAAAUCCCAGUCCCUGACUAACAGCCUCAGCACAUCGGACGCUUCCCAGCGUGGAACCCCAAGCGAAGACGAGGCCAAGGCCGAAACCAUCCGCAACCUGAGGAAGUCUUUUGCCAGCCUGUUCUCUGACUAACGGGGUCCAGCCUGGGAGAGGGUGCUGUUACACUCUCCCCUCUCCCCCCUCAUCUUCCUUCUCAGCCUUGAUUUCUGACGGGAACAGAAUGGAGGGCCUGAGACUAUACUUUCUAAUGCCUCUGACCCAGGAACUGAGUAUCUAUACGUGUCCCCUUCCCUUCUCCACGACAUUCAAGCUUUGUCCGGCUGAGACUGGGCCUUUGAGAGCCUCCAGGUUCCUCAAAACGAGCCUCAGUGGUGGACAUCCAUCACCCCUCCUCCCCCACAGAUGCUUGCUUCCUGGCCACAGAUAACCCCGUGAGAUUUGUGUGUGGCUAGUUUUCAUAUCUGUUAGUGUUUUGCUUGCCUUUGGGCAAAGGCCCCCCUAGGCCUGCCCACCUCCAUCAAAUGCAGACACUGUAGUCGGACCUCAGCAGUAUCGGAGGCAAUAAUCUACUGACAGUGUUUUGCAAACAAAAGGAGAAAAGCCGGGCCAGGGGAGCCUCUCAUCCAUCUUCCAUGCUAGUUUCAUCGGAGACCUCACCUGACUUGCAGGCAAGGGCCCAUCACAACUGGCCACCGGUGGGAUCUUGAUGAGGGAAAGCCACGUCCUGUGAGACACGUGGGGCCAUGGGGCCUUUCAAGUCACAGCAGAGACCCGAGGGGAGACGGUGGGGAUGCUGCUCCCACUAGAAUGGACAACGAAGAGCAGAGCACAGGUUCUUUUCAGGAAUAGUUUCUAGUUCCCAGAUGAGGAUGACGCCCUCACUUCCCAAAGAAGGAGUUAGGGCUUCUCCACCCACUAUUACUAGCAUAUCACCAGGAAUUCUCUGUGAAUUCCCACCAGGAAUGUUGUUUACUCCUCAAGGAUUUAUGAGUAACCAGAGAGAAUCAGAUUAAUGUCACAGGCUCCCCAGUCGGCAUUUCACAAACUGCACAGCAAGACGCUGGCAGGUUUCUCCAUUACAAAAGGGUCCCAUGGCCAACCACGUUGGGAAACACUGUCUAUUUCUUUUUGAGGUUGGUCAUACACAUUAUAUGUCAACGACUCUUGAAAUUCCUAUGUAAAGACAUUAGACUUCGCUGUUUAACCCAAACCUAUUUGAACAAGUUGACUGCAGAGCUGGAGAACACAGCCCUCAUGCCCUUCCCAGGCUCCUUCCUGUACAGCACAUGACCUCCCGUGAUCACAGGGCAGCGCUGUCCCACAUCACCAAGCACCUGGUGCUAGAAACACUCCUGGUUCCAGAACAGAGCCAUGUGAUCCCUUUGCAGUCCCCGUUGUGACUUGAAACAUGCCUUCCCCUCACUAUUCACAGGGAAGGGACAGAGGAGGUAAAAAUGAAAGUGUCCGUGGCCUAGGCCUGCAUUCUGAAUGAAAGAUAGAAAACUUGAGGGCAGGUGUAACACCGCAAAGCCCACCCCCACCAUUUUAGGAGCUUAAGAACACAGAAAAUACCUGAGGCAAUCAUCAUGCUUAUACAGACAAAUAUUGAUAGAAGUCAAACAAUCUCACCCACUUCUCAGUAAUAAAAUACAGCUUGAAACACCCAGCAAAGGGACACUAGGCUAGUUUCUCAAAGUGUGGGCCGUGGCUGUGCACAGCUAGCUUCAUCUCACACCAACGGAGUCAGAAUUUCUGGUCGAGACCCAAACCUCUCUUUGUCAUCUCCCUGCAUGCAUGUGGGAGUUAGACUGGCACCCUGAGCUGAGAUGUCUGGGAAAGCUGCUAUUGAAAGCAGGAUUGUGUGGAUUCAUGACAGACCCAGGUCCCACUCUCGGUGAGCAAAAUUAGUGGCUCCAUAAACAAUGUGGCUUAAAUUUCCUAUUUUCCUUUAUUCUGUCCCUUGUCCAUAAAAACAUCUCAACAUUCAAACUGUAUCUCCCAGAUAGUCCAAGUAGAGUAGCACAAACUCCUUUGUAUAGCCAUGCACAGAUGCUCCAUGACACACUAGUUUAUAACCAACACCUAAGGUUCCCCCUGGCCUGUAUAUGAAAGUCAAGACCAACAAUGGUCUUGUGGAGACCAGAGACUCCCCCAAAUGGACUGUUUUCUCACUUUUAACUUUAAUAACUGACUUUUUUUUAAAUGGGAAAGGACAAAAAGCAGGGGUGAAGGUAGUCACUGUGGCAGUUCUAAAAAGUUGGUUGGUUGGUUGGCUGGCUUUGUUUCACCGUUUUGAUCCAAAGAAAGGCUUGCAUUCCCCCUCCAAGCUGACUUGGUGAGGCUGAAGCAUGCCAGAUGCAUGUGUAUUGUGGUGAAGUGCAGCACAAGGAGCAGGGAUUUAAACAGCCUCAACAGACCGCUCCACCAGCCAAAUACCUUCUUCCAGAUUGUCCUCGCAGUGUGUGAAACAGUCCUGUUUGAUUAAAUGUCAAGUCAGCCUUUCAGGGACAUAGACUAUACAUCGUUUCUCCUCCAUUAAUUCCCUGUGUUCUCUGUCAUACGACAUUCGCUGCCAACCUUCAGUUCCUGCUCAGGGGCACUUAGUUCUACCUCUCCAAUAUUUCAGGGGUGAUGAGCCUUCACACACGGUAACAAAUACAAUAGCAAACCCCAAAACCCCAAACAUCAACCACCUGCUGGCAGUUCUCACUUGAAUUUCCUAUGAAAGGUAUGCGAGGGGAAAGUAAGUUAGUGUAGGUACCUCAUCGUGAACGACUAGGUGAAUAAAACAGAGCACUGCUUGAUACACAGUAGGUGGUCAGGACAUGUUCAGGUUGGAAUUAAUAAAAUGUAAACAUAUGUUAAGACUGAAGAAAAAGUCUGUUUUAUUUCUAAGUGUAUCAAUGUGAGGAAGUCAUUUGCCCAGGAACAGAAUCAAACCUGCAGAGAGAUUAGUAAACUGAGAUAAGCUAAAGAAAAUCUAUAGCAGUUUUUUACCCUCAGGAAGAGGUUGCAGACUCUAAACUGAGUCUGAAAAGAAAUGGGAGCAAGCAGGCUCAGGGGCCACAAGACCACCCCAUAGUGAG